AUGGGCUCGCGCGAGGUGUUCCGGGCUUUCGAGGCCCUGCUGGACAAGAGCCAAAAGAGCUUCAACAAGCUGCGGGACCUGCCCCCGUAUGGCAACAGCCAGUGGGAGCGCCACUUCCAGAAGGCCUUCCAUGUCUACUCGAAGCUCUGGAAGUUUCAGCAGGAGAACAGGGAGCUGCUCAUGAGCCGCGGCAUGGAGCGCUGGGAGAUCGGCGACAUCGCCUCAAAGAUAGGGCAGCUCUACUACAACUACUACCUGCGCACCAGCGAGAUACGCUUCCUCCACGAGUCGUACGUCUUCUACGAGGCCAUACGCUCACGGUCAUACUUUGCUCAGGCGAGCCGGGCAGGCCUAGCGAUCAAGCAGCUGCGAUACUUUGCGCGCUUCAUCAUCAUCUGCCUGCUGCUCAGCAGGCGCGAGGAGGUUUGGCAGUUGCUGCAGGAGUUCCAGGCCCUCAUAUCAUCCUACAUACUCAAGUACUCACCACCGGACGCGAACGAGUGGCGUGGGGUCAUACAGGAGGUCACCACCUUCCUCAACGCUGACGUGGCCAUGCCCAUGCCGCGCUCGCCCGGCGCGGCGCUGCCAUUCCGCGUGAGCCUGCGCUGCGGCCUCAGCGCGCCCGAGGUGAAGCUGGCGCCACACCGGCCGAUGCUGCUGCACGCAGUUCUGGCCAGCUACUACCCGCGGCAGGUCAAGAUUGCGGAGCUGCCGCUGGACAGCUUCCGCAUGCUGCAGGCACUGGAGUGGGAGGACGCCUACAGCGGCAGCGCGCCCCCACCGGGGGAGCACCCCAUGCCAAUCGCCGGCGGCGGCGGCGCAGCAGGCCGGGAAAAGGCCGCGACGGCGUCGGUCGCGGCGGCCGCAGUGGUCGCGGCGGCCAAGGGCUCAAGCAGCGGCGGCGGCGGCGGCGGCGGCGGCGGCGGCGGGGAGGGCGGCGGCGGCGGCGGCGGCAGUGGCGGCGAUGCGAGCUCCUCCGGGCCGGCCAGCCUGGUGGGCGCGAGCGGCGGCAGCACGGGCGGCGGUGGCAGCGCGGCCGCGGGCGUUGGCCCGGGCGGGGCGCCCUCUCUGUACGAGAACCCUUCAAAGCACCUGGUGUACCGCCCCUCCGUGCUGCAUCUGCUGUCCAUACUGACGACCACCAUGGAGGUGCUGCCGCGCGACGGCGUGCUGCUGCUGCACCUCUCAGCCUCCAGCGGCCGCGGGGAGCUCAAGGGCGGCGGCGCCUUUGCCAGCACCAGCAACUUGGUGGCGGCGGACGGGGCGGCGGCAGCGGCGGCGGGGGCGGCUGCCGACCCGGAGGGCGCGUCGCAGCCGGACAGCAUGAGUGACGUCAGCGGGCUGAGCAUAGGGGCGCUGACCGUGUCUAAUGCCGGAACGGAGGCGGGGCUCAACCUUGGACCGUCUAAGGCGCUGGACUCUGCUGACGCCUACCUGAGCCCGGAGGACCUGGCCCACCUGACGCGCCGCACCCUGUUCCUGGUGGUGGACGGUGACAACGCCCGCAGCUUCACACGGCUGCAGGGCCUGGAGGUCUCUCGCGCUGUCUUCUGCCUCAUGAGCCCCUCAGCGCGCCCCCCCGAGCUGGGUGAUGUCACCAAGACCGGCGGCCUGCUGACGCUGUUCCUGUCGGGGCCCCUCUCCGCAUUCUGCCUGGCGGCCGGCAACACAGACCCCUCAGUGCAGCAGCUGGUGGACCUGCAGGCAACCAUGGGCCAGAUCCUGGCGCAGUGGGGGGCGCUGCUGCUGCGCGCCUUCCAGGCCCCCGCCGGCCCCUCCGCGCGCUCCCCCUGGGCCCCUCUCUUCCGCGACGCCCUGCUGCGCCGCCAGAUCCUGCGCUUCGUGCUCUGCCGCGCCACGCUCGGCCUGCACACAACCGUCGGCGCCAGCGCCGCCAACCUGCCGCGCUGCUUCCCGGACAUGCCGAAGGAGGUGGCGCCGGACUCGCCCGAAAUUGCGGAGGGCGUGGCGAAGCUGGCCGCGUGCCUCGGGCGCGCGCGCGUGUUUGGGAAGAAGGCGCUCGCGGUCGGCGGCGGCGGCAGCCCCAUGUCUGUCGGGACGCAGUAG